CUGAGAUCGAGUUACCGCCUUGCUCCUUUCAAAGCAACCUUCCAGGUCAAACUCAAAGAUAACGAUACCUUGAUCAUGUUAACACAAUUCCUUGUGGCCUCGGUUUUUUAUAUUAAUUUGUGCAGCGUCGAAUUACAUGUGCCAGGUAGCAACCCGAUCUGACGUUCUCUUCUGAGGGGAUUGAUCCCUCCUUCCUUCUUUCCUUCCAAGUGAUCCGUGGAAAAUAAUCGAAGAACCACUGACUUACCGAGAUGCAGUCACGUGACGAAGAUGAUGCCAAAUAUUUCUACAUAGUGAGCCAAUACAGCCGCGGUAGACUGGUCCUUAAUAUUCGUGAAGGCAUCAAGAGCGGAAUUCUUGAGAUCGUGAAACCAGACGGACGACCAAGUCAGUUGUGGAGAUGGGAUGACAGUUGCCGGCUGGUCAGUAAACUGGGUCUUGUUGCAGACAUCAAAGGUGCAAGUAAGAAGGAAGAAGGCACCUGUCAAGCGAGGAAAGCUCACGACGGCCUCAGCCAAAUGUGGCGAGUCGAAAAAGGAGCCAUUAGGAGCAACUUGAGUCAUCACGUCAUUGAUAGCUCACCUCCCAGAGUUCAUGUCAUAAUGAAAAACUUCGAUGAAUGCAGUGAACACCAAAAAUGGCAUUUUGUUCCAGAAGUGGCAUGGAACGAUUUCCAACUUUCACUGACAGCCAAACCCCCUUAAAAAGGCUCUCUUCUGGAAAAGUAUGGCUGAAAGUUAUCUUGACGUCAUCAUAGGAUACAGUAUUGAAGAGUUCGAGACCAGGAUUCAUAGAGCUUUUGAAGUAAUAGAUGAAUGUGCCAGCAGCCUUGAAGAGGUAACAAAGGGUGCUGGUAUUGCAGGAACGGUCGGCGGAGGCGUGGCUGUCGCCGCAAGCGGAGACGCGGUAGCUGGUAUUGUAUUAUCUCCAGUUACAGCUGGAGUUAGUUUGGGUCUCACUGUGGGAGGAACUAUCGGUGCGCUUUCAGGAUCAGCUGCGUCAUUAACAGCGAACUUGGUACACAGCCAACUUGAUGAGCGCAAUAGAAGGAAAGUCAAUGAAGCCACAGCAUCUCUCUUCUGCGCCACCUAUAGGUUUUACUCGCUAAUGGGAGAGUAUGGUAAAUACCUACAAGAAGCAGAUGAAUAUUUCGACAUGGAGACGUGCACAGAUUCCAUUGACGGAAAAGUUGUGGCAGUAAAAGAUAACACAUUUUUGGAGAUGGCCAGCGCUGGAAAGGUUGCUAAGAAAAUCUACGAUCAUGCCAAGGAAAUAAAGAGCCUUGUUGCGUUUAUUAAGGCCAAUGCUUUUGUGAGCAGAGGAGCAGAUGUCGGAAUUUCCACAAGUGCUGCUGCACCAGGUCUUACCAUUCCAGUCGUGGGCAAAACCCUUCUAACCGCUGGAUCAACUGGUGCGAAGGCUUUUUCCGGAUCUUUGGCUGUUUUUGGAGUGCUGACUGGCAUCCUUGAUAUAUAUUUAGGGGCAAAGAAAAUCGCGAAUCCCAGUGAAUUAGCGGAGGAAUUUCGCGCGUCUUCUGAAUGUUUGAGGGAAGAGGCUGAUAGACUAAUUUACGUAUACAAGGAACUCCAUAAAGAUAAAGAGUGCAAGCAGUAAUGUGACUGAAAGUAAAUGUUUAGUGUUAAGCUCUCAGUGUUGAUCAUCCCUGAUGAUGCCGUUGAUCGGCGAAAGCUCGGAUUUGUGAAACAUUUUACCUUUUACAGCAGUGUAAUGCUUCAUUCGAUUAAUUUGUAUAUAUCUCAGUGUUGUGAUCGAUACGGUUUUAUUUUCGUCAGUAGUGUGACCAAAUCUUGAUAGUGCCAUUUAGAAGUUAAACUGAAACACUAUGGUUAGCCAAAUGUUGCAAAAUUCAACAACUUGCAUAUUUUUAUUCAACAACUAAUAU